GCUCGAAGAAAGCACUUGCAUCUCGUAAUAGUCAUACCAUAUCGUCCCUAGCUUGAUCGGUCGACCAUGGCAGCAUCAGCAGCAGCAGCCACGAGACUCAGCGGCGGCGGCGUCGCCCUCUUGCUCCUGGCGCUGCUGGCCGCCGGCACCUCCACCUCGUCGGCGCAGCUCUCCACCGGAUUCUACUCGCACUCGUGCCCCGGCGUGCACGACGCCGUCAGGUCGGUGCUGCAGGCCGCCAUCGCCAGGGAGCAGCGCAUGGGAGCCUCCAUCCUCCGCCUCUUCUUCCACGACUGCUUCGUCCAGGGCUGCGACGCGUCGUUGCUGCUGGACGACACGCCCAGCUUCCAGGGCGAGAAGAUGGCCAAGCCUAACAACGGCUCCGUCAGAGGCUUCGAGGUCAUCGACGCCAUCAAGUCCGCCGUCGACAAGGCCUGCCCCGGGGUCGUCUCCUGCGCCGACAUCCUCGCCAUCGCCGCCAGGGACAGCGUUGUCACCCUCGGAGGUCCGAACUGGGACGUCAAGCUUGGCCGGAGGGACUCCAGGACGGCGAGCUUCAGCGGCGCCAACAACAACAUCCCGCCGCCCACGUCUGGCCUCGCCAACCUCACCUCCCUCUUCGCCGCGCAGGGUCUCUCCCAGAAAGACAUGGUUGCACUCUCCGGAGCUCACACCAUCGGCCAAGCACGCUGCACCAACUUCAGAGCGCACGUGUACAACGACACCAACAUCGACGGCGCCUUCGCGAGAGCAAGGCGAUCGGUGUGCCCGGCAGCAGCCUCAUCAGGCUCAGGCGGCGACAACAACCUGGCGCCUCUGGACCUCCAGACCCCGACCGUCUUCGAGAACGACUACUACAGGAACCUUGUCUGCAGGAAGGGGCUCCUGCACUCCGACCAGGAGCUCUUCAAUGGCGCGGCCACCGACGCGCAGGUCCAGGCGUACGUCAGCAGCCAGAGCGCGUUCUUCGCGGACUUCGUGGCUGGCAUGGUCAAGAUGGGCGACAUCUCGCCGCUCACGGGCUCCAGCGGGGAGAUCAGGAAGAACUGCAGAAGGAUCAAUUAAGCUAGAGGCAGCGCGCUUCUAAGCGUAUACCUUGUAUCGUUGAAGUUUCUAAUUCCUCCGAUUCAAAUUAAGUUGUCAAAUCACUGUGCUAUGCUGUACCAAUGCGUUGGCAUGUCUAUUCGUUUGAAUAAAUUAGUCCUAUCCCCUCUC